AUGACUGUUUUAUUUCUCCACUCAACGAAUUUUCGAAAGUAUCACUCAAUUUCGCUAGUUACGCAACGAGCUAUCUUUGGCUGCGCUCUCAACGUUCGUUCUCAAAUUCAAGUAGGUGAUUUGGCACAAUUAUCGCAAGGGACGGUGUCGAAGUUGGUCAUGCGUGUCUCCGGAGCCCUGGCAGCCCUGCGUCCUCAGUUUAUCAAGUAUCCUAAUAACAACGAAGCCAAUUUAGUUCGCCAACGCUUCUACACCUAUGGCGGAUUUCCGGGGGUGGUUGGAGCUAUUGACUGCACACAUGUUCCAAUAAAAUCUGUUGGAGGGGAUAAUGCUGAGCUAUUCAGAGACCGACAUGGAAAUUUCUCCAUAAACGUUCAAGCAGUGUGCACAUCAGACCUGAAGAUAACCAACGUUGUAGCACGCUGGUUUGGGUCAUGUCACGAUAACAGGAUUUUUGAAAAUUCAGCGCUUUAUGGGCAACUCGAUCGAGGAGAAGUACCAGGGAUACUACUCGGUGACUCAGGAUACAGCUGCACUCCCUAUCUGAUGACCCCAUUGACGAUGCCGAGAACUGCAGCCGAAAAACGAUAUCAAAGUUGUCAAAUCAAAACUAGGAACCCCAUCGAACGCUGCUUUGGCACCGUGAAGCAGCGUUUUAAUUGUCUGCGAUACAUGCGCCUAAAGCUAUCCACAACCCUAUCCACCAUUGUUGCAUUUUUCGUUCUACACAAUAUUUCCAUAAUGUAUCGUGACGAUCUGGAAUUCGAAUACGAGGAUCACGAGGACGAUGGGGACGAAAAUAUACGGAACCAAAGUACAACUUCCGGAAUUUCAGCUAGGAACCGAAUUAUUUCUUCUCAUUUCUCAUAA